AUGUCCGCUCAUGAAGGUGUUUCGUGUGAUGUUUGCUCUCAAAACAAUUUUCGUUCCAAACGUUACAAAUGUUUAAGAUGUUAUGAUUAUGAUUUAUGUUCAAAUUGUUAUGAACAAGGAGAAAUAUCAUCGAAUCACACUGCUGAUCAUCCAAUGCAAUGUAUAUUAACUCGUCAAGAUUUUGAUUUAUAUUAUCAUGGUGAACGUUGUACAUUUGAACAACCGCAAUCGUUAUCAUGUCCAUUUUGUUCAGAAAUGGGAUUUUCUUAUAAUUCAAAUCUAUCUUCGAACGAUACUUCUUCAUCGUCAAAUGACCUUCUGACUCAUUUACAAUCGAAACAUGGUGGCGAUCAACAAGGUGAAGUGAUUUGUCCAAUCUGUUGUGCAUCACUCAAUGGAGAACCAAAUUUACUCACACCCGAUCUUAUUUCACACAUAGCCAAUGAUCAUCCUUAUCGAGGAGCAACAGACUCUUAUUCAAGACAAUCAUCUACAAGAGAAUUUGAUUCUGCAUUUCCGCCAUUAAGAAAUUCAACGGCUAGUACCACUAGUGUAGCUUUUCGUCGCGGUCCGUUACGAACCCCGAGUAGGCGUAGUGGAGGUGGUCGCGGUGGUCCUGUUUCCAGUAAUUUUACUGCUGAAGUUAGCGGAAAUGAUCCGAUCACUGAUUUACUAACUCAAUUAUCCAAUGUUCGCCGAUUAGCAGCACAAAAUAACUCAAACAACAGCGCUAGUCUACCACCAUCGGCGAAUGCUCUGAAUCUAAGUCAACUAUCACGGCAACAAUAUGAUCGAGAACGAUUGCGUUCAACACUACGCUCUCAUCAUCAUUCUCAUUUACACGGAACUGGAACAACUUCAGCAAAUAAUAAUAACAAUAGUGCACAUGCAACUCAGGAAUCAGAUUUUUUAGACAGUUUGUUUUCGAGUGCACUGUUUAUUGAUCCAAACAUGUUACCACCAUCAACUGUAAGAGCACCUAGAUUUCAGUUUCGAGGCGUACAAAGAGCAGAAAAUCAACAAUUAGACUGGUCAACUAUUGUUAAUAAUAGUGAUCCAUCUGAACAAACACCACAAACAAAUCCUGUUCCUUCACAGCCUCAAAUUGUAACCACCACAACAGCCGAUGAUUCUCUAAACUUAUUACCAAGUCAAUCAUUAUUAAAAAGAUUAUGUGAUGCUUCAGAUUCUGACCGAUACUCAUCAAAUCAUCAUCAGACAAAAUCAAGAGCACUAAAGUGCGAUUUUGUACAAAAACUAUUAAUAUCAACUUUAUGCAGUAAUCCAGGAACAUCCUCAUUAAUUAAGGAAAAUCCGUUAGCCAAACAACAUUUGACUACUACGUCGUCAGAAAAACAUACGAAUAAUAAUAAUAAUAAUAAUAGUGAAGAUCAGUAUGUCUUUUUACAAUAUCAAUUACCGGAUGAAGAAUUGACUAUAGUUGGUUAUACUCCAUUGAUUGAUAUGAAUGCUGCCCAUCAUAUGUUGACACAUGCAUGUACAAAUUCAGGAUCAAACAAACAAACAUGGAUUUCUGGACAAGCUUGUAAUGGGGAGGAACAGAUCAUUAUACAUGGAUGGGCAAGAAAUGCUCCAUCAAUGAAAUUACCAGAUGACGCUGGGUUUUCAGUUGGAAAGAAUACACCAUACAAAUACAUUGUUCUCAAUAUUCAUUAUUUAACCGUAUUACAAAAUGAUAAAUCUGGAAAUCAAUUAUUAAUGAGCAGAAAAAAACGAAAAUAUCAAGCAGGUGUUUUACUAAGUGGUACAAGUCAAAUAUAUUUGAAACCAAAAUCUCAUACUGUUCGCUCACAUUUUUCAUGUCGAUACAGCGGGCCGCCAAUAUCAAUAUUUGCUGCCCGAGUACAUGCACAUCAGUGGGCUCGUGUUAACUCAUUAUAUCGUGUUCGGUCCGGUGAAAUUUCGCAAGUUGUUAAAGGUGAUCCACAAUGGCCUCAAUCGUUUUAUCAAUUACCAUCACCGGUGGAAAUUGUUGAAGAUGAUUAUUUAGUUGGACAAUGUGUUUAUGAUAAUGAUGGAGACAGAAUAAUUCGUGUGGGUUCAACGCAUAAUGAUGAAAUGUGUAAUGUUUAUGCAAUGUACUCGUAUGAACCAAAUGCACAACAAAAACCACUUCACACAUGUUGGGAUAAUCAGUUUGGAGCUUUAAUUAGUUUGAUUCCGACAGAUGCCGACGUUCCUCCUCGUACACCAUUAGAAAUAAACAGUAAUCAUCAUCAUGCUGAACAUACAAUGGGCGAUCGUUCACAAGCAUCCAACGAUUGGUGGUUAACAUCAAAUGGCGGUAAUUAUCGUUCUGCUGCUAACUCAAAAUAUAAUAAUAAAGCUGCUCUAACUAAUAAAGAUUAUGAGGAUUAUAUGCAAGAAGUAGAAACACAGCGAUCGAGAGAUAAACUAACACCUAAGUCUUCUUCUGGUAAUCAGUUUGAUAACAUGAUUGAAUUUAACAAAAUUCUAACACAUUUGGGAAUAUCACCAGCCGAAUAUGAAUAUGAUACAAAUUAUGAUGAUUUAUUACCAACAUCACCACAUUUAAAUGAAAAACAAAUUGUUAAAUUACAUAGUGCAAAUAAAAUCAGUAAUAAUUUAUACAAAUGUAUUGAUACAUGGCCUGAUUCAAAAUCAGUACCCCGUCUAGGUCAAAUUGGAGGCAUUGCAUUAGGUUUUAAUGACGAUCUCGUUGUAUUUCAUCGAGGAGAACGUAAAUGGGAGAGCAGAUAUUUUAGUGAUGAGUCUCAUUUUCGUAAUGAUGCGUAUGGACCAAUUGAUGAAGAUGUACUUGUACAUGUUGAUACAAAAACAGGACGAGUCAAACAAAAAUGGGGAGCAAAAAUGUUUUAUAUGCCGCAUGGACUCACAAUUGAUCAUGAUGGAAAUUUUUGGUUAACAGAUAUUGCCAUGCAUCAAAAUUCUCAUAUACCUAUGCCAUUUCAGGUAUUUAUGUAUUCAGCAAAUGACAAAAGUCGUCCAGCAUUAAUUGUUGGUGAAAAGUUUCAAUCUGGAUCGGGACCUACACAAUUAUGUCGACCAGCUGAUGUAGCUGUAAUGAAAAAUGGAGACUUUUUUGUUGCAGAUGGAUAUUGUAAUAGUCGAAUCGUUAAAUUUAAUAAAAAAGGCGAAUAUUUAACUGAAUGGGGUAAUGCAAUGGAUGGUAUACGAGAUGUUGAUGGUUUUCCACUACCAAAUCAAUGGAAUAUCGUCCAUUCGUUAGCAUUAAACGAAGAACAAAAGUUACUAUGUGGAGCUGAUAGAGAAAACUAUCGUAUACAAUGUUUUGAUUUACAAGGACAAUUUCAACGACAAAUUCGAGUUGAACAAAAAAAUAAUAUUGGACCUAUUUAUGCUAUUGAAUUUGCACCAGCAACAAAUGGUACUGUAUUGUAUGCCGUAACAGGUGGUCAAACUCAAACGAAAAAAGUUUAUUUAAUCAAUCCUCGUGAUGGUGAAAUAUUGACAUCAUUCGAUUCGAAUCCGCAUUUGGUAUCACCUCAUGAUAUAGCUGUGAGCACGAAUGGACGUGAAGUAUAUGUUGGUGAAUUGACCGAUGGUAAAAAUGGACUCCAUAAAUUUGAAUUAGUCAAACAAAAAGAUUUAACACAAUCCACCUCUCCACGUAAAUCAUAUGUUAGUGAUAAAAAUUUCCGUAUAUCAUUAAUUAUAAUGGGAUUUUUUGCUGUACCCGUACUCAUCGCAGUUGUUGUCGGAUUUAUAAUACGAACAAGAAAUAUGCGUAAACUUCAUCGUUUAAAUACAUUCUUGAGUGAUGUUAAAAAUACUUCUCGUCAAGGUGGCAAUAGUGUUCUGGGUGAUUGGAUGAAUCGUCGUAAAGGUUUUGAACGGUUAGAUCAAUAUAGUGAUGGUGAAAAUGAACCAUUAGAUCAAAAUUCUGAUGAACAAGAAGAUGGACAUGAAAAUAGUAGUACACUGCCAAAUGGAAAUGGAACAGCAACAACAACAACAACAACAGUGUCCGAUAUAGCACAGCAUAAUACCUCAUUCAAUAAUGUUGCAUUUAAAAUGGGUGGCAGUCUUUAA